AGAGGAGGGGGGGGGGAGGCAGCCGAGCCGAGCCGAGGAGUUACUUACUGUACCCUAUUGAAAGUACAGUGUCCCCGCUGAGGAUGCAAGGAUAACAGUUUUGCAACAAGUUUUUUUUGAAGACACAGUAUUGAUGCAUAGUUCAAGCUUCAUUGCAUAUUUCUUACUGUUUCGAGAAGAACGGGUGUUUAAACUGGUAACAUCUGCAUAGCAUGGCUCAACCUUGCCGAUUUAUCGGAAAUCCUUUGCCGCUAGCACAGGAUUUGCUUAAUCCCAUAUCUAUGAAGCAGGUGCCUGAGAUCCUCGGCAUUGCAAACAGAAAGAGUCAGAAUGGUGAAAUGGAUUCCGAGCACUCAUUGCUGCCUGACAAAACUGCCACACAACUAUCUGCUGCCCUUCAGGAUGGUGUGAUGCACCGAUUAAAUGGGCACGAUGCGACUUCUGCUUACAGAUCGGACAAACUGAAGGAUUUGACUGCCCUUAUGUUAAAUGGAGAUUCGGGUGCAGUUCAAGAACCACUAUCUGUACAGGCAUCUUCUCCUGUUGAUUGCUCCAUAGAGAAUAGAGGGAGUGAAACACCGCCUCACACCACUCCUAAAAAGAGUGGCUCACCAGAGAUUAAAUUGAGGAUUACUAAAACCUAUUUGAAUGGAAAACCCCUUUUUGAAUCUUCACUUUGUGGAGAUCUCCAAAUUGAUGAUCCUGAGAUUAUAGAACACCAGCAGAAUGUGGAGGAGAAAGAAGAAAAUCAAGAGAGAAGAAAGAGGAAGAGGAAGAGAAGUGUAAAGUAUGAUGCUCUUCUUGAGCAGAAUCUGGCUGAGGUGGCUCUUGUGUCCAAGACAUCCAAUACUCCUGAUGCAGAUGAAAAAAUUGCUAAAGAAGACCUAGAGGAGGAAGAAGAAAGGGAUGAGGAAACAAAAGAAAAAGACAAAGAAAAAGAUGUCCCAGUGAAGUAUAAUGUUGGAGACAUGGUGUGGUCCAAGGUUUCUGGUUACCCUUGGUGGGCCUGUAUGAUUUCUUCAGAUCCCCUGUUGAAUACCCACACAAAAGUGAAAGGUCUGAACAGGGCAAUUGGUCGUCAGUACCAUGUUCAGUUUUUUGGAGAAGCCCCGGAAAGAGCUUGGAUUUUUGAGAAGAGUAUAGUGCCCUUCGAAGGAGCUCAACAGUAUGACCAGUUGAUCCAAGACUGCGCCAAACAUGCAACUUCCAAAGCUGAGAAAAACAAGCUUUUAAAACCAAUUCCUGCCAAAAUACGUGUUCAGUGGGAUGUUGGCAUUUCCCAAGCUGAAGAAGCACUGAUGAUGACUCCCGAGGACCGAAAAGCUAAAUAUACUUUUGUCUACGAUCAUGACCGCCCACUACUACCUCCUCAGGUUGCAAAAGAAACUGGGGUUCCUGUUGAACGUAUAGAAGGCAGGAAAUACCCUGCUGAAGAAUCUCUAAGUACUAAAGAAAAUUUUGCGGACAGUAGAGGAUCCAGAAAAAGAAAUAGUAGCGUGCCAAAUAAGAACAGGCGAUGUUCCAAACCAUCCGAGUCUCAAAAGACUCCAACUAAGCAAUGUAUAAAUCGGACUGUAGAACCCAGUGAAGGUUCUCCAUCUGAAAGGACAGUUUGUAGAUCUUCAGACUCUGAGAGUGGAACUGGCUCCCCAAUGACUAAGAGAAAAUCUGGAGCACCCACUCAGCGGAUCAGGAAAUGUGAUACUGCCUUCGCUCAGUUCAUGGCCUUUUGUCAGAAACACCGAGAUGAGUUAGCUGAAGAGCAUCCAGAUGCUUCCAGUGAAGAGAUUGAAGAGCUGCUCGAGUCUCAGUGGGCUAUGCUUAGUGAUAAGCAGAGAGCUCGGUACAAUACCAAGUUUUCUUUAGUGACUCCAGUAACUGAUCACAAAUCUCCUGCAGCUUCAGGAUUUUCAGCAGCAUCUCCUGGAGCUACCAGACGUAAAGUGUUGCAGGAUUCCCCAAAGAGAACAACUAGAUCAAGUGUUAGUUCAGAUUCAACUCGACAAAGAAGACUGUCCAGGAAAAUAGUAGAUUACAGGGAGGAUUCUCCAGAGCGAAUUGGCUCUAACAGAAGAUUAAAGCGUGAUUACUACGAGGAUGAAAAGUAUGAUUCCAAUAAUGCAAACCAAACUGAGGCAUCUGUAAGUGAUGGUAUUGAGGCUGGAGAAACCUCUUCUGUUGUUAACGCACCCCAAAACAGCCAGUCAGAUAUAAGCAAACUUUCUGAUGCAUGUAAACCACUGAAAAAGAGAAGUCGAGCAUCUACUACAGAAACUCUGGCACCAGCUGUCAGCAAGAAUCCAUCUCCUUUAACUGUGUUUACAGAAAAUGAGACAUCAUUUGAUGGGCAGCUGGAGUCAGCAGAUGAAAGUGCAGAUGAGACUCCAACAGAGGCUUCAUCUGUGUCAUCCAAAAAAUCCCAAGGAGAGCGAGGAGGCAGUGCAGCAGCUAAGAAAGAAAGUGUUUGUCAGGUGUGCGAGAAUGCUGGGGAACUGCUCUUUUGUGAAGGACAAUGUUGUGGGGCUUUUCACUUGACCUGUCUCGGGCUGUCUAAAAUGCCUCAAGGCAAAUUCAUGUGCAGUGAAUGCCUGUCAGGUGUUCACACUUGUUUUGUGUGUAAGAAGAAUGGGCCUGAUGUUAAACGUUGCAUUGUUCCUCUGUGUGGCAAGUUCUACCACGAGGACUGUGUGAGAAAAUACCCCCCAACUGUGUUUGAGAACAAGAGAUUUCGAUGCCCACUGCACAGUUGUAUCAGCUGCCAUGCCACAAACGCCACAAACCCCUCUAACCCCAGGGUAACAAAAGGAAGAAUGAUGCGGUGUGUCCGCUGUCCUGUUGCUUAUCAUGGAGGAGAGACCUGUAUUGCGGCAGGUUCUGUGGUGCUGGCAGCAAACAGUAUUAUCUGCACCAGCCAUUUUGUUCCAAAAAAGGGCUAUAGUCACCAUGCUCAUGUUAAUGUCAGCUGGUGCUUUGUGUGUUCAAAAGGGGGCAGCCUGUUGUGCUGUGAGUCCUGUCCAGCCGCAUUUCACCCGGAGUGCCUCAAUAUUGACAUGCCAGAAGGCAGCUGGUAUUGCAAUGAUUGCAAAGCAGGCAAGAAACCACACUAUAAAGACAUCAUAUGGGUGAAACUGGGAAGCUAUAGGUGGUGGCCAGCAGAGAUCUGCCACCCAAGGAGCGUUCCCACAAACAUUCAGAAUAUGAAACAUGAGAUUGGAGAGUUUCCAGUUCAUUUCUUUGGAUCAAACGACUACUUUUGGACUCAUCGGGCACGUGUGUUUCCCUAUAUGGAAGGGGAUAAAGGAUGCAAAGACAACAAAAUCAAAGGCCUCAGCAAAGCCUUCAAAAAAGCUUUACAGGAAGCUGGAGACCGUUUUCAGGAUCUCAAAGCUCAGCGAGAGACGAGAGAGGCUCAGGAAAAUGAGCGCAAUGGUAGAAAACCUCCACCGUAUAAACCCAUAAAGAUCAAUAAAUCUUUUGGAAGAGUGCAGAUAUACACAGCUGAUAUUUCAGAGAUCCCAAGGUGCAACUGUAAGCCUACUGAUGACAACCCAUGUGGCCUGGAUUCAGAGUGUCUGAACAGAAUGUUAAUGUAUGAAUGUCAUCCAUCUGUCUGCCCAGCUGCUGGACAAUGCCAAAACCAGUGCUUUACCAAACGUCAAUACCCUGAAACUCAGGUUGUCAAAACUGUUGGAAAGGGUUGGGGCCUGAUUUCAAAGACAGGUAUAAAAAAGGGAGUAUUUGUAAAUGAGUACAUUGGAGAAGUGAUUGACGAGGAUGAGUGCCGAGCAAGAAUUCGAUUUGCCCAGGAACAUGAUAUCGCCAAUUUCUACAUGCUCACUCUUGAUAAGGACCGAAUAAUUGAUGCUGGUCCAAAAGGGAACUAUUCUCGCUUUAUGAACCAUAGUUGUCAGCCCAACUGUGAAACACAGAAAUGGACUGUGAAUGGAGAGACUCGGGUUGGACUAUUUUCUGUCUGUGACAUUCCAGCAGGGAUUGAGCUCACCUUUAAUUACAACCUAGACUGUCUUGGCAACGAGAAGACUAUCUGCAAAUGUGGUGCACCCAAUUGCAGUGGAUUCCUCGGAGUUAGACCAAAGACUGCAAGCAAUGGUUCGGAUGACAAAGGAAAAAGGGGAAAGAAGAAAAUCCGAAAACGUAAAACUAAACAUGAAGGAAGGAAAGAGCAUGAAGAUGAAUGUUUUCGCUGCAGAGAUGGAGGACAGCUUGUACUGUGUGACAGAAAAAUCUGUUCGAAGGCUUAUCACCUAUCCUGUCUCAGUCUUACAAAACCUCCAUUUGGGAAGUGGGAGUGCCCCUGGCACCACUGUGAUGUCUGCGGAAAGCUUUCUGUUGUUUUUUGCCAGUUCUGCCCCAACUCUUUCUGCAAGGACCAUCAGAAAGAGACAGUCUUCAAGUCCAAACUAGAUGGACGUCCUUGCUGCUCCGAACAUGACCACUGCAACACAGCAGAACCUCUGGAACAAUGCAAAAAAAUGGAGACCGUCCUUUCUCUGAAGGACACAGUGAAAUCAGAGUCUUAAGAACCGCAAAGCCAGCAAUCGAACCAGUUACAAUGCACAGUGAAUUACUUGAACUGCAAACACUAUUUGAAAUUGUUUUGGUAAAUACUCCAGACAUACACUCCUCACAACUUACUAUACAAGAUACGUUUGCAGGAAAAGCAUUCUUGAUUCCUUGAGCCAUCUCCGGCAGUCUUAACUGCGUCUGCACUGAUAACUCAAGACUGUGGCUGCAUAAGCUCACAGUCACCGGGACAGCAAAACUACACAGCAUUACAUUUACACUGGGAAUGUUUGGUUAAACUAUCCUAUCAAAGCAUUUUAAAAGGGUAGAUUACAAAAACCAAAAUGCAGAUUGAGAUUGA